AUGGCCUCCGAACCGCCCGAGGACGCCAUCGACAACUUUGUCAGUUUCACCAGCACGACGCGUGAGCAAGCUAUCAGCUUCCUGAAGGCAAACAACCUUGACUCCCAGAAAGCGAUCAACGCCUAUUUUGAAGACCCGACAGGCCCAAAGACGUCGAGCCUCUACGAUGACAGUAACGUGCCUUUUGGCCCGCAAAACAAUGCGCUCCGAAUACCCGCAACGGCUCCUCCUUCGCGCCCUCCGUCCCGAGCAAAUAUGAAUGAAACAUCCCAAGGCGCCGGGUUCGAGUCUUCCGCUGCGACAGCACCACAAGGUUCUACCGGUGAGCAGCCUCCCGAGGAAGACUAUCAUCAGUUGACAGCUACUGAUUGGGAUCAAGGCACAGGCGGAUCCGGACAAGGACUGAGCCUGGCUGAGCGCGAGGAACAGGAACUGCAGCGGGCUGUUGCCAUGUCUCUCGGAUCGGGAAAACAGGAGACCGGUGUGACGACAAAGAGUGAUGCGCAUUUUGGCAAAGCAACGCGCGAUCAUUACGAUGAGGGCGCUUGGGCCAUGACCCUGUUCAACACCUCGUCCGAAGAAGUUGUGAUCAGCCCCGACCCUGAGGACCGCAGAAAAGUGAACGGAGAGCCUGCGUUUAUCCGCCCUACACAAGAGCACCUCUAUCUGGGAGGAUUUCUCACCAUCCUCCAUGAAAUUCCUCUUGCGCGCGAAGCCCUCUUACUGCGAAACAAGGUUCUCUUUGACUAUGGUCACGACCCGCAAUGGUGGAAUGGACAAGCAAUCAACCUCCCCAAAAUCGUCACCGUUCACGACGGACAGGAAGCAGAUGAUGACUGGGACGAUAUCAUCCACGAGGCACAGCGGCUGAUGGCAUUCCUGGACUCUACACAACGCGCCUUUGGAAGCAGUGAUGCGCUAGCAAAUCUCAAGCAUGUCACGUCGUACUCCUCCGACUCGGAGGAAGUCGUCGCCCGGUUUCUCGAGAAGUGGCAUGACGCUGCAAUUCGGGCAGACCCCGAGAAUCCAUUAGCCACGCUUUUCAUGUCUCAUGCCUACAAAAACUCUCCGUUUGAAGUAGACGAAGGGGAACCGCCUAUUGAAAAGGAGCUUUUCAUAUUCAGCCCUGUGGUUGAGCCAGAUCACGGACAAACGCUAUACGAUGUCUUGGAUACUGCGAUCUGGAGCGAUAGCCCCGGCGAGGAGCUUGACGAUGUAUGGCUUGAGACCAUCGGAGAGGUCAUCGUGAUGAAGCUCGAUGCUCCGGAUAACUCCAAGUCUGUGGAUGUGAAAAUUCCCUUUGUGUUCUAUCCAGACCGCUAUCUCAGCAGCUGCCGAGAGAUUUCGCAUGAUUUCCGCACCAAAAAACUCAAGGUUCAGGAAGAAAUAGAAAAUCUGGAGCAGGUCAUGCGUCAUUUGACCCAUCCACGGACUCCGGCAGGCACGUUGACUCGGAGGGAUAUUCUCGAAAAAGCUGCCGCCGCAGUCCCCGUCGUUCUUGCGAAGAACAUGGCCGCGAAAGAUGACUCGAUGAGCCCUGAAAUGGCAAACGAGAAGGCAGAACGGCUUGUCCACGAGCUGAAGGCGGCCUCCGCUAAGCUUGAAGCGAAGCUCAAGGAGCUAGAGGAAAAGAAACAGACGGCUCUCGAGACCAUGCGCAGCUACUCUAAGGAGCUCACGGAGCCCUCUCAAACCGCUGGGGAGCCCCCUCUCCACAGAUACACCUUGCGAGGAGUUUGCACCGAACCGCAUGUCACCUACGUCUUGAGAGCCAGCGAUGCCGCCAAGUCUGGUGAUUUAAUGGACAUUGAUGAGAAGCAGGACAGCGACUCUCAAUGGUGGCGCAUUAGUUUCUCGACCGAAGAUGGGAAAACACGACAGGCCGCGAAGAGAGAAGCACAGGGCAAUCAUUCUGCCAGUCAGGAAGGCGAUGUCGUUGGCUACACAGCUCAUAGAGUCCGCGAAGUUGAGGUUCUUCGAGCCGCUCGUGAAGAGUGGAGGUCAGUCCUCCUUGUCUAUGCCAAUGACAACGCGGUGAAUGCCAAGGUGGAAGUGGCAUCUCCUUCACUUCAGGGCUUCGUGAAAAAAGACAACGAAUUAUUCACAGCCGAAUUUGACCAGAGCACCAACGCCGAUGAGGACUUGCGUAACUCGCCAAAAAAAGACGCCGGCCGGCAGCAGCAAUUGACAUCUCAAAGCGGACAUUUGGUGAAUGUGUUUGACUGUGAGGUUUCCGGGGACCACGAUCGUGGUGCCGGCCAGGAAAUGCAAGAGAAGGAAGGAUCCCGACUACUAGGCUCGCCCGGCAACACUGCAAACCCGGCCGUAUCGCGAGCCUUGGACGAUGAUAUGGAGUGGAACGUGGACGGCGAUGGACCGGGCCACCUGGAAAAAGCGAAGUGA